AUGCAAGAGGCCAAGCGAAGAUUGUGUCCGGGUUUUCGUCACCUCAAUGAGGUCUUGUUCAAAUUUGUCACCCACGGGAUUCGAUAUGACAAAUUAAGCCCAAACGCAGAAUCUCAUCAUACAGCCACAGAGAAGCAGCCUGUCCCCAACCAUUCGGUUGUUCCACGAGGCGGGGCCUAUCAGGAAAGCGUUCCAUACAGUGGGUUGCAGAGCGAGCCCAAAGAUGUCGAAUCACAAGGACCAGUCGAGGACGAACAAGUCAUGGAAGGACAAUCAUCACUGUCUGCCCACUCGUCCUUUGCGAUCAACCUGCUACACAAUGCCAUCGGGGCCAACAGCUCUGACAUCGAAAGACUUCUGGAAACUCUGCGACAUAUCCUGGACGUGUCCAAUGAUCAGCGGGCAUCAUCGUCUAUGCCCUUGCUCCCCUUGGCAAAAGACACCUCCAUCCGAUGCGAUGUCUCGAACAUGCCUCCAUUGGAAAAGAAGCUCUUUGUUCUACAGCAAGCGAAAGAUGGAAAUCAACCGUCGGUCUCCAUUUAUGAAACGCUUCUUCCGUCGCACAGCCUGUCAGACCUAUUCUUGAAAGUGUACUUUUCAAACAACUAUUCCGAUGCUGAGAUUAUCAUAGCCAACGCUGCAUUAUACGCAUUAAUCUACGAGGCUGUUCUCGUUCAAAAGAACCCGCCUUUUUCGAAAGACACACUGGAUGACUACAAGAGAUAUUACUCUCUGUGUCAAGUGCACAUCGAGACAGCACUGGCAAAGCUGCCACUAUGUACGAGGGCGAGCCACGAACUCGCUCUAGCGCUCUUUCUCGGGGCCACUUAUGCGGUGGACAUCUCGAAGCCAUCUCUGUCAUGGAAUAUGGUCGGUGUAGCUUCUCAACACGCCCGCUCACUCGGGUUUCACACUCGCCCAGUUGGCACGAAAAGUGGCUCCAACACCCUCAACUCCAAAUGGUUUCUCUUCUGGGCGAUAUACAUGCUGGAAGGGUUCUUGUGUCUUCGACCUGGCCGGUCUUUUGCUUUCCAAGACAACGACAUCACGUUGCCGCUGUCCAAAGCAUCAUCUGCGAGUGAAUCGGCCAUGGAGUAUUUCGGUCAUACGGUGAGGCUUGCAGGCCUGGCUGGGAGAAUCUAUGAGCAGUUAUACUGCGCAACGGCUCUUUCUCUCCCGACGAACACACGGCAAACCCGUGUUACGGAGUUGUCGCAGGAGCUCCAUGGCCUUAUCGACGCCUCGCACGCCGCUAGGGACAGCUGGAUUCGAAACGCGAUCGAUGACAACGAUCGGCAAACUGCCAUUCACACCUCGAUGUCGGGUGAUGUCCUCCGUUUGUCAAUGUUAACACUCAUCCACCGCGCCAUGCCACACGACACGCAGCAAACGACCAUUAGCGAUUAUUGUAUUGCCACAGCUAGAUACGCCCUCGAAAAGCACGAGGCAAUGGUCAAACACCUUGAAUUGAAAGGGUCUAUUCUCUUGACAUCAUACAUCAUCUGGUCCAUCUUAUUGGUCCCCUUUUUCCCUUUUAUCGCGCUAUUCUGCCACGUUAUCGAAACAGGCGACCCUGAAGAUCUCACCCGGAUGCAGACAUUUGUCGCUUCCCUCGAAUCAGCCUGCUCCGGCUCCAGAGCCAUCGCAAAACACCAUCGUCUCUUUCAAGUCUUCAAAAGUGUUGCGCUGCGGUACACCGAAUUGUGGAGCUCGUCGUCAGUAUCACAGGGAGAGUCUGCGAGACUGCGAAUGGCGAUGGACACUCGGCUGCAUGCGCUCGGCUUGCAAGUUCGGGCUGAUUUAGUGCCUGGUGUGAGCGAGGUGAAUACGACGGGGGGUUGGCCUGGUGCUGGGAGAGUCGAUGGGCUAGGUCAUUCCAAUGCACCUGGCAUGGAUCCCAUGGAGGAACACAGCCUGCAGCUUGGGAAUUGGUUUUCAUUUGGCCAGAAUAUGAUGGAGUUGGUGGAUGAAAAUGAGUGGCUGUUGUGA